AAUUGAAAGUUAGCAAUUCUUAGGCAUUAAAUAUUAAAAAAAAGUCAUUUAACAUGCAAUAUGCAAUAUAAUAUGUUCACUGAAUUAACUGUCUGUAUUGUAAUUUGGUUUUAUUCUUCUGCACUAUACAAAUAAAUCACUGCAAACGAUAGUUGAAAGCGCUUGUCAGUGCUAACAGCUGUGAUGUGCAUCCUAUUCGCUCGCGCUCACUUUGCAACUGUUUCACUCGCACUUAUAGAAAGCUACCGGAACAGCUGUUCGCGGUGCCACAGCAACAAAAAGCUGAAAGAAAAACGUAAACAAAUCAUUUUAAUUAUAUUGUAAUUGCACACAAGGACAAAAUGAGCGGCAAGGACGAUCGAUCGAAGGACAAUCGCAAGAAUAUGAAGCAGCAUAAAUAUUAUCAUAAGCAACAGCAGCAGCAAUCGAAUCGCGGUGGCAACAAUACGUCCUCCAGCUCCCCAAAGACAACGGCAGUACGCAGCAUUGUGGAUGUGGCAGAUUCAAGCGAUGAACCGCGUUUCGGGCGCAAAGGCUGGUCGAGUGGCACCCGCUCGCUGGCACCGCAAAAAAAUCGCGAUAUGCUGGACACGCUGCCGCCGUCGGACCCAGACGAUGUGGAGCAGCUCAUAGAUGGCACGCCCAUUGAUGAGAAUGCACGUGCCCAGCUGCGCGCCGGCGACUACAAGCAGAUGUCGCAGUUCCCCAGCAUGGGCGGUGGCCAUUUCACCUUUGGAGCCGAAAAGGAAUGGAACAACGUAGCCGAGGGCCAGACCCAACUGCACACCAAGGCCGCCAGCAGAUAUUUCACUUUGAAUCUCGGUCUGCUCAACUCUGGCCUACAAACUAUUCCCUUCUACAAGCGCAUGGAUUAUUCAGUUAUGAUGUUUACACGACCCCAGAUUAUUGCCCAAAACGAAGCAGCUGAACGGGCCGAACGCAUCUACCAGGAACGUGUGCUGCACGAGUUAAAUGGCCGGGUCAGUGCUGCCAAAUCCCGUGCACCUUCGGCCAAAUCCACAAAAUCCAUUGCCCAGCCAGCGGCUCCCAACGCGUCCGAUGAGCUGGACGAGCUGCUGGCGCUAACCGAUACACAGCUGGCGCAGACCUCCAUUGCCACGGGCCCAACAUUGCCAAUUGCCUCACCGCUGGUGCAGCCAGCGACGCCAACGACAAACGCCAGCAAAAACGAUGUCGAGCAAUGGCUGGACAGCGUGCUCGAUGAGUGAGCCGCCUCAACGAAAAACUAAUAACUUUAAGUAAAAUACGCAUUUGUAGUAAUUCAAACAUAUCUGCUUGAAAUGCCACUUGAAACGAUUUUA